AUGAUGUUGGUGAAAUUUGAUCGUCCAAGUCGAAGUGCGCGUGAUGAAUCGAAGCCGAAAAUAAUGAUAACAAAAUCCAACUCGGAAAAUGAUUUGAUGAGAAAAAUUAGUGGAGCUAGUUUGAGAAGUUUGGCAGCGAAGCCAAUGUUGAAAGAGGUUGGUUGGUUUGAUGGAGUUUGAUCGAAUGAUUUUGCUUGGGAUAUUUAUAAUUUUGAAAAUUGAAUCAGACAAUAUUUCUAGUCUAGGCAAGUUCUAGUCUGGUUAAAUUGCGUUUUGAUGUCGUAGAUUUUCUCACAUUUCAUUUUGAAACCCAAUUUCCAAAAAAAAUGUUCCAGGUCAAAGAGCUCCCAUCCGACGAAGAAAAUAUGGAUGAAGAUACACCAGAAAUGACUUUUUUAGAUUCCGAAGUUACGAAUGAUGAUGAUGACUUAGAGACAGAAAUCCCGGAUGUCGAAGAAAUAGGAAAUGACUUUUUUGAAGCUGGACCUGAACUUGACAAAGAAAUUGAAGGUUCUGAUGAACUGGAACCAGAAAUAUUAGCGGUAGAGGAGAAAAAACAAGCAGAAGAUCCUGGGUUUCUUGUUGAAGAUCAGGAUGUUGGAGGUUCUUUGAUUGUCGAAGAUGAAAAAAUUCAUGAAUCCAAAGUUACCUCAACUCCAGAUGAAAAAGAGGAAAUUCAUGAGAUUCCCUAUCAACAAGGAAAUGAAGAACAAGUAUCUCUAGACCUUGAACUUGAGCAAAAGUCCGAAAGUGGUUCUGACCAAGGAUCUGAGAAAUUUGAAAUUCCCAAAUCUCGUCGGCAAAUUGUUCUGAACAAGUUCCGAAAAGCUGUGAUUGCCAUAAUCCGUCAAAAUGCUGGAUAUUCAUUAGAAGGUAACACAUUUUUUUGUUGAAAAAGCAGAAUUUAUUUGAUUAAAUUAUUUUCGAAGCAUGAAUAAAUAAAUAAAUAAAAAUGUAAGCGUGUAAUUAAUUAUAGUAAGUUAGAUAAUUAGCAAGAAGCAGUGCAAGAAAGAGAGAGAGAAAGAAAGAGUUGCUUAACGGCGUGGCGAGAAGAUGUCUUCUGGAGUGUGUGGAAGUUCAGUCUUCCAGCAGAAGAAGUGUUUCCAGAAGCUUUGACGAACUUCCGAGCGCGAGAUGAAGCUGACCGAUGGUCGAUAGUGACUCUGAAAAUAAAUCAAUAUUUAGAGAAUUGUCAGUAGAUCAAAAGGGUAUUACAUUUUGACCUACCAAGCUUCUGACCGCCGCACAAUUCCAGCUACUUGGUCUUGGCGAAUCACUUGGUCUAGUGAUGGUGCUGAUUUUUUUGUCAUCAUUAGUUGCAGCCAUUUUUUUUGUUUUGUUUUCAAGUCUAGAAAAAAAAAUAAUUGAUAAAAAAAGAGUGCAGGUACGAAACAUAUAUGCAUAACAACAAAUCUAAUUUGUAAGCUACUACUAUUAUUUUUUUUAGAAAUAUUCUGUGAGAAAUGAAAAGGCUACAGUAUACUAGAGAAAAAUUUGAGGGUUCAGAAAAUCUAGAAAAACUGAAAAAUGACACUGAGCAAGCAAAAUCCGCGAAUAAAGGAAACCUGUAAUUUAUUUAUUCUUUUAUAGGCAUCGAGAAAAAAUUAAAAUCUUCUUGUAGCGAGAAGAAUAGAAAAAAAUUAUACCUUUGUUCGCAAGAAAUAUGACAUUUGUUUGGUUUCGAAAAUUGCGGGGAUGAAAUUGGAAAAUUGAAAACAAAGUCCAAUAAAUCUUGCGAAUUUUUUUGAUAUAUGUAUCGGACCGGGCCCGAUUUUUGAGGAUUUCUGAGUCAAGAUGAUUUGGAACCGGGAAGGAAUCGAUCUGAUUUUUCGAAAAAUAUUUUUUUCAGAUUCUCUCAUCGCACAAGAUGAUCCGGAUACAGUAGUCACAUUAUUACCGACUAGCAAAAACAAAAUCGAUAUAUUUGUCACAAGUUUUUAA